AUGGCCCAACCUUUUCCUACCCAUGCGGGUAUGGCUCCUGGCCAUCCAGGUAUGCCCCAUGGCCAUCCUAUGGCAGGAAUGCAGCACCCUGGCGCCGGUCAUAUGGGUGGUCAACCUCAGCACGGUAUGAUGCAAGGCAUGCAUCCUGGUGUCUCCGGGCCUCAGGUCACUCAAGGUCCUAUGGUGACGGGCAUGCCUCCAGGUGCCGGCACUCCUGCUCCAGGGCCAAUGCACUCUGGUGGCAUGGCUAUGGCACAUCUUGGUCCACAGCAGACCAUGUUUCAGCAACCCAAUCCACAAAUGAACUUCGCUCAGAUGCAGAUGACACCUCAACAACAGCAGAUGAUGGCUCGCCAGAGAAUGGUACAACAGAUGCAGCAACAACAGAAUCAACAGCAGGGAAUGCAUAUGAUGCCUAACGGACAGCCCGCCUUCAACCAAGCCCAGCUGAAUGCCCAGAUGAAGAUGGGUAUGAUACCACCGCAAAUGCAGAUGCAGAUGCAAGCUGGCAAUCCUUCGAUGCAAAAUUUCCAACACGCACAACAACAGCGCAUGAUGCAGGCCCAAGCACAACAGGCACAGGCCCACGCCGCUCAGCUGGCUGCUAAUAGAGCCGCGCAAGCACAGCAAAUGCAGAUGACUAGAUCACAAGAACAGACCUCUCAACCUCCUCAACAGGUCCCUACUACAGCUCCUCAGCCUCCACCUCAGCCUCAACAACAGCCACAACCAACUCCUCAACCACAACCUAAGGCAACACCGCAACAAGCACAGGCUCAACCUGUGAAUAACCAGCAGCAACAGGCCCAACAGCAGCAAGCCCAACAACACCAGGCUCAGCAGCAGCAGCAAGCCCAACAGCAGCAGGCCCAGCAGCAGCAGGCCCAACACCAGGCCCAGCAGCAGGCCCAGCAGCAGCAAAACCAAGCCGCCGCACAAGCGGCCAUCAAAGCCAGCGAAGCAGAAGAAGAAAGUUCAGUCAAGCAGCAACAAGACUUGACCAAUUCAAUGCUGAUCUCGGAUAUCUCAAAGUCAGAUAUUCUUGCUGGUCAAUGCAUCUUGCGAUUGAUUCAAUACCAGAACAAUUUAGCCAACCCCGAACGACCCAAUGAUCUUGAUUAUUGGGAAGAAACCAUGACCAAGUACUUUUCACCCGUUGGUUCAUUACGACAGCAGUUGUAUAGUAACAAAAAUGGAGGCGACAAAUCCUUCCAACUACAAUUUCCAUCUCUCGCCCGAUACUUCUAUUCGCACUUCGCUUGCGGGGUCAAACAAAUAUUCUUGCAAUCUUAUGAUCACAAUGAGAACAAGUUGCCAAAUGGUGGUGUCCUCAUCAUGAGCAGUACUGCCAGUCUGACGUAUGUCUUUCAAAACGACAUUCGAGUAACGACAACUGGACAGCUUCGAGUCACAUUUGAUGACAUGCAAAAGAUUGACCAUAUGAACAUCAGUACGACUGGAUGGCAAGAAUACAUUCCUAGAAGUGCGUUGUUACAACCUCAAUCUCCUGAAGUCAAGCAAAGCCCGAAGAUCACCAACAAGAAUAUUAAGCGCGCCCAAGGCAAACCUUCCGAAACCAAUUCUCGACCUGUUAUCCCUCAAUCAGGUGUUGGUGAGUUUGGUGUCCCGAAUCACAUCUUCCAAUUUCUUGAGGUUGCCGAGGUAAUGACUGCGAUGGGACCAAUUAUGGAAUACUUCCACACUCAUCCAGGUGUCAGUCCAAAGGAGUCUCUCUUCAGGGUUACUCAGGAUAACGCACAGAAUAUGGCCAAUGUCAAUAAUGCUCGAUUGCAAAAUCAAAUGGCAGCUCGCGCCAACGGUCAGGUGGCAUUUCCCAACCAAAUGAAUCCUGGCAUGAGUGGUCCGAAUCAAUUCAAUUCCCCAGCCAUGGGACAUUUGGGAAUUCCACAGGCACAAGGAUCUCCUCUUAUGGGUGGUCCCAACCAUACUCCCAGUCCUGCACAAAAUCCGACCGCAGGUGGAGUAGCAAUGAUUCACCAGAUGAGUGCUCAAGGCUCCAAUCUAAGUGGAAGUCAGGGUCCUAGCACAAACACUAGUCCCAAUGUCUCCAACAAGAGACGGAGAAUGAGUGUAAAGGUUGAAGAAGAAGGCGCUGCUGAGUCGAAUGGUGCCAACAAAGUCAAGCCUAGUCCCAAGAUUGGUGGCAAAAGGCAGAAAGGUGCAUAG